AUGCCACCAAAGAGAGGCGGGGCGUUUACGACGGAUCCCAAUGUGUUAUUGAAGAGAAGACAAGAGAGACAACGUGCCAAUGAGAAGAUGCAAAACAUCCUUGAUGAACAAGGUAUUCGGCGGACGGAGAACGAGAACAACCUGCCGUUUGCCACCAUACCACAGGUUCUGCUAAUCAACCAGAAGAACUACUAUACUGAGUAUUUGAAGAAGGACGAAAAUUACAUAAUGAUGAGAGAGGACAGGGAACACAAAAUUGAGGAGAAGAACGUUGACAAUGACAAGGAAGCCGGCGUUGAAGAGAAGAACAUAGACAAUGACAAGGGAGCCGGCGUUGAAGAGAAGAGCGUGGACAAUGGCAAGGAGAAGGACGGCGAUGCUCCUGGAGAAGAAAACGACACGCUAGUGUUGCAUCCGGGGAGCCAUGGAAUCAAGAUUGGGUUUGCCAAGGACGUUGAUCCGCUUAUUAUCCCCAACUACAUUGGAUAUGCCAAGAGAGGCGGUACAGGCCCGCGGGGUGAUGUGGGCAACGGGACGGAUAAGUACGAUGUCACGGGGCUAGUUCCAGAGAGAGAACUGGUUGGAGAAGGCGGCGACAGUGUCAAUGAUCGACACUACCAAUUAGUGGACCAUGAGAAGUUUGAGAAGUUGAAGAAGCCCAUUUACAAGAGCUACAAGGAGAGAAUGAAGUAUUACAAGAGAAAGAUCUUACCCAACUGUCAUGAGGCGUGUUUCAAUUUCAACCGGAAGCAACAGCAUGAAGACAUCCAACUUGAAGAUGUUGGAGAUGAGGAGCACAAGAACAUGUUUAUCAAGGCCAAGAAAUUGAUUGAGAAAGGGCGUGACUAUGUUGUAGGGGACGAGAUUUUCCGGUUGAAUGACGAAAGCGAGUGGACAAUUAGGCAACCGUUUUCAUUUAAAAAGGAUUCGCAGAACAAGGUUGAGAUGGGGUUCAACUAUGGUGAAUAUAAGAACGUUGAGGAGAAUUUGGAUGAUAUUGAGAGAUUAUUGAAGUUUAUCAUGAAGAAGAAGUUCAAGAUGGUGCAACGGAAAGAGUUUGAGAGGUUCAACUUAGUAUUGGUUGUACCAUCGUUAAGUAACAAGGAAUAUGUUGAGAGAAUGAUUGAUUUGAUGUUCAAUCGAUUUGGAUUCAAGUACAUCAACAUUAUCCAAGAAGGUGUCAGUAUCUCAUAUGGGUUAGGCAUGAGUAGUGGGUGUUUGGUUGAUGUUGGGUAUUCGAGCAUACAUAUCAAUUGUAUUGAUGAAGGUAUAGUUGUUGAGGAUUCGAGAGUUAUAUUAGACUAUGGUAUGAAGGACGUGAUUGCUGUUUGGGGGAAGAUGUUAGUUGAGCAGCAAUUCCCCUUAAUUAAGGUUGAUUUCCGGAAAAUGAAGGACAUGAAAUUAUUAGAGAGUUUGUUUUUAGAGCAUGGGACAUUUGACGAUUCCAAAACUGGGGUUAUACAAGUUGGAAAUUUCAAUAUAUUUGAGAGCAACAAGAAGUUCAAGCGGUACCAAUUCAAGAUAUUUGACGAGAACAUUCUAGCACCGAUGGGGAUGUUUUAUCCUGCUAUUUUCGGUGAGAGGGUUGUAGGAGGUACUAUUGGAGGCGAUUACAGUGGGUAUGAGAAUCUCAAUGACAAGGGGAGUCUAUUACAAUUGAUUGAGAGUUCCGGUGUACUAUUUAGUGAGUUUGAGCCCCGUGAGCAGCUUUUGUUUCUUAGUGAGUUACUGGACGGCAAUGUUCAUAUCCAUAUUGACGAGUUAAUUGACAAGUUUGGCAAUGGUGGUAUAGGAAAUGGUAAAAGCAUUGGUAAUAAUAAACGUAAUGGACAAAAUAGGACCAACUUGUUCAAUACUACACCCUUGGAGAUUGCCAUAUUGGAGAGUAUAAUAGUUGCCGGAAUUACUGGCGGGUGCGACCAGGGGAAGCUGGAUAAAUACUUUGGAAAUAUAGCAGUAGUUGGUGGCGGGGCGUCUUUAGAAGGGUUUGAGAUGAUGUUACUUGACCGGAUUCAUAUAGCGCGAAGCGCGUUACUGGGCGGCCGAGGUUUGGCGCGGGCGGUGAAGGUAGCACGUGCGUUUCAGGAGGAGUUGGAGAAGAAUAACAAUGAAGGUGAAAAGGCGGGUGAAAAAGGGGGUGACAAUGGGGGUGCUAAGGAGAUCAAUAAAGGGCGUCUUAUUAUAAGUGACGAACAAGUAGAUGCUGCACUUGCAGUUGCUAGUGGUAAUUCUGAGGAGGAGUCAGUACGCGGAGAGAGUAGUGAUAAUUAUGAUGCAACAGUUGGUAACAAUGGUAGUAGUAGUAGCAUUGGUGGAGUUGGAGUUGAUGUAGAUGUAGUAUGUGGUAACAGCAAUGGAGCAUCAACUGCUACUGGAUGUGUAGCUUGGAAAGGUGGAAGUGUGUUUGCACGGAUGGUGGGUGGUAAUACUGGUAAUGGUAACAGUAAUGGUAACGGUAGCACGGGCGGGAAUGGUGGACACAAUAGCGGUAGUGGUGGUGGUGGUUUGAGUUCGAAUGCUGGCUGGAUCAGCGCUCGUCACUGGGAACGGCUCGGCGGGCGGGCGCUUCUUUGA